UCAUUCUCGAAGGUUCUAUGCCACGAGCAACAACACCACUGGCGCAUGCAGCUCUGCUGAAUGGUGGGCGUUCCUUGGAAGGAGGGGCAAGGGAGGUAGUCGUCGACACCAAUGUUUACGGGCAUCACCAUUCUCAAACCCUCAGUCAAAGAAUGACAUGCACUUUCCUUUGUCUUUGACUUGUUGUGCAAGAAGGCUCGAGCACGUGACUUCUUUCGGUGCCGUCACUGGUUGCGAGGAGUCAGUGGGCUUGGAGAGAGCUGAUGGGCCUAAGGAGUCUGGGGAUAAGCUCAGUUCCUGUGGAGACUCGGAGACAGGGCUUUGGAGCAUCGUCAUCCCCACUUAUAAUCGACUGCCCAUCCUCACCAAGUGUCUUCGUGCACUGGAGCAUCAAGUCGAUGCCACUGAGCAUGGCAUUAAGGUGUAUAAGGUUGUCGUCGUCGAUGAUGGGUCAGACGAUGGCACAGUGGAGUUCUUGCAAACGAGGGAGGGCGAGUUUCAGCACGUUCGUCUGCUUCAGCAGAAGCAUGCUGGCGCAGCAGCAGCUCGAAACAUGGGUGUGGCGGAUGCACGGGGAGAAGUGAUCGUCUUCAUUGACUCUGACCUGGUGGUGACAGUGAACUUUCUACAAUCUCAUGCCAAAAUGCUUCGCAGUGCUCGCAAUGAAGAUGGUGAUGAUCGAUCGUUCACCUAUGGCCGCGUGGUGAACACCAGCAACUUCGACUACCCGGAGUCAGAGCCCUUCAAAAUUAGCGACUUUUCUGCUGCGUUCUUCACUUCUGGGAACGUGGCGAUCUCUCGCCGCCGACUCCUGGAUGCUUCCGACGCGCUUCCAACCUCUACAACAGCAGUUGUGGCCCUUAUGACACCUCUUUCAGUGAGUACGGAUGGGAAAACCUAGAACUUGGCGAACGACUCCGGCAAAAAAGCGCAAAGCUACGGGCUUGCCCUGAGGCUGUUGGUUACCAUUGGCACCCCCCCUUCGACAUCUCUCAGCUUCCUUCACUUAUCGAGCAAGAGAGGCAAAGAGUGAGGAAUGGCGUACAAUUCUAUCGGAAACAUCCCAACUUGAAUAUUCGAUUGGUGAUGCAGAUGACCUUGUUCCAUCAGGCCAUCUUGUUUGUACUCACCAUAGGUGGGUUGAUAAAUGAAAGGACAAUGG